AUGACAACCGCAGCCGCAACUCAAACGGUCCCAGACACUCUCCAUUAUGACUCGGGGUACCAGGACCAGGAUUCCGACUUUAGUUCCGAUGACGGUCAGGAAUUCCACGUUGAGGAACGAACAGGGAGAUCAUGGCCGACCAAGAUGCUUCACGCCAUGAUCAAGCCCAUCAAGCCCAGGCUCGUCAAGACAGGACAGGUUUCGUCUGCUGAUCCAACACGCUGCAAGCCGUCUCGCGGAGCACGCAGACGAUGCGAUGUCGAGGAGCGUCGAGUGGAGGGAGUCUGGACUUACGAGUUGACACCCAAAGCAUCGUCUGAUGAACCACGAAAAGGAUAUGCUAGAAGGAUACUGUACUAUGCAGGAGGAGGAUGGCAGGCCCCUCCGACUGGCCAGCACUGGACUUUCUGCGCAGAGAUGGUUCAGCAACUACAAGACACCAGGCUCACCAUCAUCAGCUACCCAAUAGCGCCCAAGGAUCGGGUACAAGACUCAUUCCCGGCCGUCAUCAAGACAUACAACGCGCUGUUGCAAGAGUCCUCAGAGCUUGGUGAGCGCGUCAUUGUUGCUGGGGACAGUUCUGGCGGAAACAUUGCUUUGUGCAGUGUUCUCUGGACAAUGAGAGAUCAAGAUGUUCAAGUCAUUCGACCGCCCCAAGCUAUACUGGCCAUCAACCCAACAACAGACUUGAGCCAUAAGAAUGCCGACAUCAAAGAGGUUGACAAGGUCGACCCCAUCUUGAGUGAGGCUGCCAUCCACGAUACGGCUGGUAAAUGGGCGCCCGGUGUCUCUGAGAGCUCCCACACACCUGAUGACUCCAUCUCCAAGGGUCACCCCAACGAGCGUCUGGACUGGAGUGUUGACGACCCGCGGGUGUCGCCUAUCCACGCAGACCUGAGCAUGUGCGUCAAGCACAAUGUCAAGAUCCACGGCAUCACGGCCUCACAUGAUGUUCUGGGCCCCGAGGCUGUCGUGUUUCGAGAGAAGUGCAGGAACGAAGGUAUCGAUGGCGAGUGGCUGGCUUGGGAGCAGCAGAUGCAUUGUUUCCCCUUGGCGUACAAGUAUGGACUGAAGGAGAGCAAGGAGGGAUUGGAGUGGAUUAUUGAUGUUCUAAAGCGGAGUUAG